AUGACAAGGCCAAACGAAAACGCCAAUGCGUCUCAACCAACAACAUCUGAUGGCUUGAGCAAUAGAUGUACGAAACUGCUAGGUGACCUCAUCGAGUCCUCGAGGAAUUUGCCGUCAAGCGGUUCAGAUCUUGGAACUAUAACCUUAAGUGUUAACGAAAUAAAGAGGAGGGCUCGGGAAUUGAGAGCCAUGAAAAAAGCAGAUUCCAACCAUACUAAAGCUCAUUAUCUACUCGCUAAUAGUGGUGUCUCAAUUCAGGAUGUCGACUAUUGUCUAGCUAGCCUUGAGUCGCGCCAAUUGGUGGAGCAGCAUAUAUCGAAAGAAUCAGAUGGGGAUUUAGACGCCUAUCUCAGGGUCAAAAAAAACGAAAACAUUUUAUCCUCAAUUGAGCAAUCCUUAAUGUGUGCAGCAAAAGAUUUCGAUGUUUUCGUUAAUCAAAAUUUCAACUUCGAUUGGGAGAAAAGGAAGGAAGAGGUGCGCGAAAAUUUCGGCAUUCUUAUGAAAAAACAUAAAAGCAACUCGAAAACCUCCUCAGCAUCAUCCAGUUCGAGGUCUUUUCCAUGGGGUUCGAGCGGACGCCGUAUUUUAGAUGGCGAGUCCAAACUCAACGUCAAUGAAAAUUACUCGGUGAGAAAAAAGUUUGAGAAGUAUGCCAUAAUAAUCAACAGUUUCAAUAAUGCAAGGCAGGCAGAUAGAAGCUUUAACUUGCCGAAAGAAUUCUUGACCCAAUUUUCAAGCUCAAGCGAUUAUUCGGAUAGGCAAAUCCACGAAAGUUGGAAGAUUCUUGAUGAAGUUCAAAGCUAUAACACUGUCACUGUUGCAUCGAGGCAUUAUUUGGAACGUCAUUUUUUGUCAUACGUUGACGACCUUUAUAAGAAAAACCUCAGCGAAGGACUUCCUACUAAUGCAAAUAAGGUCAAGUCUUUUAUUGAAUGCAAAUUGAAGAAUCCUGACAAUACAUGGAAACAUCCUAACUUGACCGUCGUGAACGGUUUGCCAGUGUGGGCUCUGAUAUUUUAUCUACUUCGGGCUGGUCUAGCGAAGGAUGCACUCGAAGUUGCAAUUGCUCACAAGUUGAGCUUCAAAAAAGUCGAACAAUCGUUUCUGUCAUACUUCAAAGCUUACAUGGCAUCGCCAAACCAAAACCUUCCACACGAACUUGUGACAAGGUUACACACAGAAUACAAUCAGCAUAUCAAAAAUUCCUUGGACGGCGAUCCUUACCGGACGGCUGUUUAUAAAAUUGUCGGCAGGUGCGAUCUCACACGUAAAAACAUCCCUACGAUUGUUCUUAGUAUCGAGGAUUGGCUGUGGGUGCAUUUGAUGCUCAUAAAAGAGGAAGUUUCGAGCGAUGAGCCAAUAUACGAACGGUAUGGUUUAAAGGAUUUCCAAGGCUUGAUCACAUCUUAUGGAGCCUCAAGAUUUCAAAAUAAUUUCCUACAAGUGCUUCUACUAAGUGGGCUUUAUGAGCAUGCCGUUGAAUAUGCUUAUACCCUCAGCGAAAGUGAUGCUGUGCACUUGGCAAUUGCUUUGGCAUCUAGAAAUAUGAUAAGUGUUUCGAAUUAUGAUGCCUCUGAUGCGAAGAGCUUUGUAUCAUUAAAGGGUGAGAAGAAGGAACUUAACUUCGCAAUGCUCAUUGGCAACUUUACGUCGUCUUUCAAAUUUACUGAUCCCAGGAUAGCCGUGGAAUAUCUCAUCUUGAUCGCGAUGAAUGAAGAUAAAGAUCAAGUCAGUUUAUGUCACGAGGCUCUCAGAGAGUUGGUUCUAGAAACUAAAGAAUUCACAAUUCUUCUAGGCAAAGUUAAUCGAGAUGGAACGAGAAUUCCGGGGGUCAUCGAGGAACGCCAGGGUCUUCUGCGUCUCUCGGACGAGCAGGAGUUUCUACACAGGAUUACUGAGCAGGCUGCGAGCAAAGCUGAUGAAGAUGGACGGACCUACGACAGCUUGCUGCUCUACCAGCUGGCUGAUGAAUAUGAUACCGUUAUAUGCACCGUUAACAAAUUGCUGAGCGGACUUCUCAGCAACACUGAUCUCGAUCAGCCCCUCUUGAAUUUGGAUGACAACAGCGAGACGAACCCGGUACUCAUUGCUAAGAGAAUUAUGGGUAUCUACAUCAACAAUCUUGAAAUAGCAAAAACUAUCCGUUCCAAGAGUAAGGAGAACUGCCUAUUGUUUUUAAAACUAGUGGACAUUAGAAGGGUUUAUUUGAAUGAGGAGUGGAGAAGAGCUUUGGAACUAAUUGAGGAAGUAGAUUUGAUUCCUUUCGCUGAUGAGUCUUCUUGCAGAACAAAAGCUCAAGAAUUUUCCACGCUCCACCCCGAAGUUUUAAAAGUGAUUUCUAACCUCUUAAUCAUUACCAUGUCCUGCAUCAGUCACAUUGUCGAUCAGUUGAAGAGGAGCGACUAUCCGUCGGUGGCCAAAGAGGAGCAGUCUGCAGCCCUGAGAAAAGUUGCCAAAAACUGUAUGAUUUACGCUGGAAUGAUUCAAUACAAGAUGCCUCGCGAGACAUACAGCAUUCUAAUAAAUUUUGAAGUUGAUAUAUGA